AUGGCCGGCCUCGUGCGGCGCGUGCACUACCUGGCGGGCUUCAGCGGCCCCGCGGCGGGCCCGGCGGCGGGCAGGCCGCGCGUGCUGCGCCCCGGGGCGGAGAUCUUCCUGUCCACCGGGCGGGAGCUGGUGCACGUCUACGACCCCGAGGGGCGGCAGCUGACCGCGGUGUACCGGCUUCCCGCCCAGGUGUGGCACCUGGAGGUCCUGGCGCUUCGCCGGGCGCUGCUCGUGCUGUGCGCCCGGAGGGGCGUCUACUGCUUGUCUCUGGACCCGGCGCGCAGGUCUGUGAGCCCGAGUGACGGGGACCACGAGGAUGGUGAGCUCCUUUCCCCUGUGAUCCCCGUGGACCCAGACACCUGUGUCCUCGCAGACGCCACCCUGUGCGCGUUCACUGUGCUGGACGACAAGCUCAUCACAUUGGCACAGGGCCCCGCCCAGUGGAAGGUGCAGCUGUUUGAGUGCCCAUGUCCGGGGCAGGACCCCAGGGCCAAAGGCCCAAUCGGCGAGGUGGAGCUGUCAACCUACACCCCCCCGGAAGGGAGCCCAGGGAAGCCCAGAGCCCCCCACUUCCUCCCAGUGCUGUGCUGCGUGUCACCACCAGGCUCCAGGGCUCUGCACAGCCACCUGCAGGGUCCCCGGGGCUUCAUGCUGGAGGGCGCCCUCUUUGGGCUGCUCUUCGGAGUAGACGCUUGUCUCCUAGAGUCGCCUGUGAUCCUAUGUGGUCUCCCCGAUGGCCAAUUCUGCUGUGUAAUCUUGAAGACCCUGGUCACCUCCAGGCUAGCCCCUGGGGACCCAAAGGCCCUUGUCAAGAUCCUCCAUCACCUGGAGGAACCUGUCAUCUUCAUCGGGGCCCUGAGGACAGAACCAGUGGCUGAGGACCUAGAGGACGCGCACUCUGACUGCCUGGUGGCACUCGGUCACCGUGGCCGGACGCUGGCCAUCAAGGCCAGCUGGGAUGAGGCAGGGAAUCUGGUGCCCGAGCUGCGGGAGUACUGCCUGCCGGGGCCGCUGCUCUGUGCCGCCUGCGGUGGGGACGGCCGUGUGUACCACAGCACCCCCUCCAGCCUGUGCGUGGUGGACCUGGCCCGAGGGGGUGCCCCCUGGGACGCCGAGCAGCCCGAUGGCCCCGCAGGCCUGCCCUCUCUGCUGUGUCCUGCCAGCUUGAACGUCUGCAGCGCUGUGGCCCUCGCUGUGUCGCCGAGGGUGUCUGAAGGGCACGCCGAGCUCCUGGCCCUGUCUGCCAAAGGCCGCUUGAUGAGCUGCAGCUUGGACCUGGGCUCCAAGACACCUGGUCCCACCAGGGUGACCGCGGCGAACAGCGGCCGGAAAAUCAAGGAUUUGCUCUGUGGCAUCGGCACUGUCUCUGAGAGGGUGUCCUCUCUGAAGAAGGCUGUUGAUCAGCGGAACAGGGCCCUGACGUGUCUCAACGAAGCCAUGAACCUGAGCUGUGCCCUGCUGUCCAGCCGGGAGGGCCCGCGGCCCAUCUCGUGCACCGUCACCACUGCCUGGUGCCGCCAGGAGCUGCAGGACGUGCUGACCGCCACCUGCUUGCUGGAGAACAGCAGCAGCUUCACCCUGGCCCGGGGCUGGGCCCUGUGCCUGCAGGUGCUCCCCAGCUCCCCCGCCGCACACCUGGACUCAGCCGGCUCGGCCGUGACCUACACCGUCCCCGUGGACCAGCUUGGGCCCGGCGGCCGGCGGGAGGUGACACUGCUCCUGGGCCCUGGGGAGGACGGCGUGCUCAGCCUGCCCCUGACCGUGUCUUGCGCGCUCUUCCUCAGCCUCAGGGAGGUCGUGGGCGGGGCCCUGGCCCCCUCGGACUCUUUCAAGGACUCCUCCUUGGACGGGUGUCCCCCCGACGUUUUGCCUGAACAGGGGGGCAUCUGCCUGCCCCUGAGCGAGCACACGGUGGACAUGCUGCAGGGCCUGCGCUUUCCUGGCCUGGCCGCGCCCCCCGCGCAGGCGCCCGGGGACCCCGUGGACACCUUCCUGGAGAGCUGCCGCAGGCCUGGCGGUGAGCCGGCGGGACCCGAGUCCCUGCGCGCCAAGUACCUGCCCCCUUCCGUGGCUGCCAUCAGGGUGUCGGCAGAGCUGCUCAGAGCCGCCUUGGGGGACAGUGGCUCAGGCGUGUCCCUGUGCUGCACCACCCUGCAGUGGCUCCUCGCCGAGAAUGCCACCGUACACGUCGUGAGGGCCCAAGCGCUGUCCUCUGUUGAGGGGUUGGCCCCCGAUGGCACUGGGCUCCGCCUUGACGUCCGCGAGGUGGCGGUGACCGACCUGUGCCCGGCGGGGCCCAUUCCGGCUGUGGAGGUCCAGGUGGAGAGCCCCUCUCUGGCCAACAUGUGCAGGGCACACCAUGCUGUCGUCGGACGUAUGCAGAGAAUGGUCAUGGAGCAGGCCGCCCGGGACUCCAGCCCCCCUGACCUCCGCAUGCAGUACCUCCACCAGAUCCAGGCCAACCAUGAGACGCUGCUGCGGGAGGUGCAGGCCCUGCGGGACCGACUGUGCACGGAGGACGAAGCCAGCUCCUGCGCCACCGCCCAGCGACUCCUGCAGGUGUACCAGCAGCUGCGCAGCCCCAGCCUCCUGCUGCUGUGACCCCAGCCUUUCCCGCUGGGCCGUCUCCGCCAGCACGUGGGGGUGGGAUCGGCGACAUCACCUCCGCUCGGAAGUCUCCACUCGGAAGCCCAGCUCAGGACAAGGUGCUGGCGAGAAGCAGGAGCGGCAUUGUCAGCGGCUUCCGGAGGCCAGGGACAGAUGGUUUGGGCAGGACGUGGAGCGGGUUUGUGUCUGGCCGUCACCGUUCCGGGAAACACCGCCUGCCCGCACCUGCCCUGCACCCACUCGGUGCCGCGGCCCUGCCUCCACACUGCCAGGAGGGGCUGCCUGUGACCAAAGCAUAGGACUGGGGGUGCUCCAGGGUGGCCUGUGACCUGGACACUACUCAGCCGGGUGCCUGUGGUCUGGGGCACCCAGGGCCCAGUGGGUGGGUGGGCCCAGCGGUGCUGGUGUUUCAGUCUGGGGUGACUCCUGGAUGUCACAUGGUGCUCUCUGUGUGGGGCUGAGGGCUCUGCUGCCACCACAA